CAAGCUCAUAUCGUCGCAUGUCUUAAACGUCAUCAACAUCCGACACACCAGGGCGCAUGCUGGCGUGUUUUAGGGAUUUGCAGUUGUGUUGUUUUUGUAUGCACGUCUUUUAAUGGCAAAUGGAACAGGUGAUGUUGUGUUCUGUCGCGGAACUGCUCAGAGUGACGACUCGGAUAUAUGGGACGACACGGCCUUGAUUAAAGCCUAUGAUAAAGCCGUGGCAUCUUUCAAGAAUGCUCUGAAAGGAGAAGACGCCAUGGCUCCCCUCACCAAAGAGAAACCUGGCAAUAAACGGAAAAACACCAAAAAGAGCAAAAGCAAGAAGAAGUGUAACACAUCUCCUGAUGGAGAGUGGAAAGUUGGUGAUACCUGUUACGCAUAUUGGUCCCAAGAUGGAAACCUGUACGCUGCAACCAUUUCCUCAGUCAACCUGGAAAAGGGGACCUGCGUCGUAUAUUACAAUGACUACGGGAACGAGGAGGAACAGAAUCUGAGCGACCUUCUCACAGACGCUGCAGAGGCGGAUGGAGAGUCGCAAAAGAUAACUGAUGGGCAAGAGGUGGCUUCUUCUACAGAGGAGAGCGACAGGUCUUCUACUCCACAUCAGUCUAAUCAGCCGAAACACAAAGCUAAAGGCAAAUCUCCAGUGCUACCUCCUAUGUGGGGCCCUGGGUUUCCUCCUGUUCCUCCUCCUGGCUCUCACUUUAGAAUGUCUGACAAUAGAAGAGGUGGAGGCCCUGGACCGGCCUUUCCUGGAUGGUCUCCAAUGAUGCCUCCAGGGCCACCGAUGAUCCCACCGCCACCACCAAUUAGUCCUGACAUGCUGGAGGAUGAUGAGGCUUUAGGCAGCAUGCUGAUUUCAUGGUACAUGAGUGGCUACCACACAGGAUACUACUUAGGCUUAAAACAAGGUCGCAGAGAAGCUACCGGAAAGAAGUCCCAUCACAAAUGAAGCAAUGAAAAGUUCAUACUGGUUAAACUGACUUCAGUCUCUGAUGAUGUUGCUGAAGUUCUGCACUUGUUCAUCUUCAAAAUAAUGUUUUGUAUUCUUUGUACAUAAAUGAAUUAAAUGUUUUCUUUUUUCCAAA